GAAAAGCUCCUCCAGGUUCAGUACAAUUGAAUGAUUUCUUCAUAUUCAAGGCCUAGCAUGCGAUCGACAUCACAUCGAGCCAACGCGCACACAUUAUUCAGCAUCAUGGCCCUUGCCGCAGGGUCUGACAUCACUCCACAGAAUGAGGCCAGAUAAACCGUGUACCCCAAGGAAAAUGAACGGAGCCUUUACGACUAAAAGACCACGACGAGCAAAAAAGCCCUGUCUCGUGGAAACCAUCAACUCCCUAUCACUAGACGAAUUUAUCAACCGUUAUGUUCCUCCCAAUGUCCUGGGACACACUAUACGAGUGCAGUGUUCUCCCAAAACCGACGCCCAGGUAACAAACGCGGUCGGCAAAGUGGAGGAUGAACCACACGAAGAGUAUUCCGUUGAAAUACACACAUCAUCUACCCUCCCAAAGCACUAUUUCGACGCAUGCUUUGCGUUGAUCAAAUUCACCAGUGCUGAGGCAUAUAAGAAUUCACGCAACGGAUGGUCUCCGGCGAAAAAGAAGGUUGAAAUGAAACUCGUCGAUAUGCGCUACAUGUUACUGCUUCGUAAGAAAAAUGAAGGCCAGACCUCGGAAGUUCAGGAGCAAUCUGUGGAGGAUAGUGAUCUUGGAGGAAUGCUCUCAUUUAUGACCACAUAUGAGGACGGGUUACCAGUCCUUUAUUGCUAUGAAAUUCAUCUGACACCGAGACUCCAGCAUAAGGGUGUUGGGAAGCAGCUGAUGCGCAUAUAUGAGGACAUUGGCCAAAACAUUGGGCUUGAAAAGGCAAUGUUGACGGUAUACAAGUCAAACAAGUCCGGAAUAAAAUUUUAUGAGCGACUGGGAUAUGCUGAGGACGAGUUCUCUCCCAGACCUAUGAAACUGAGAAAUGGCCAUGUGAAAGACUUCGAUUAUAUGGUGUUUUCCAAACCGCUCAAGGACUAACGAGGAAAAAGCGAUCGGAAAGUCUGCCUAAGAACACUAUAUUAAGCCAAACCGCGAGACAUCUAAAUCUGCCUCGCGUCCUUUCCUCUCAUCUCGGGCCUCUCUUGCUCCCAUUCAUCUCUCAAUACCGCGAAGAGGGAAUCGGCCACGACGAUCGAAAGCCCCAGGCUCCAUACAAGUGUUAUCGCAUAGAAAAAAUUUGCGUUCCCCGACCCCGCGUAGAUCCAAAGAUGGUGAAAUAUUGGACCCAAGAGGCUUGCAUACAACAGGGCGGAAACCGCGAAAAACGUAUAUCGCAUAACUUUAAUCGAUUAGCAAUGCAAGGUUGACAGAGAAGAUAAUACUUACGAGGAAAUAUGUGUCGGUAGAGCGGCAGGAACGCAAAAUAGAUCGAAACGUCCGAGAUGCUGGGAUAGGGUUUAAAGAUAGCGAAAAUUCCGAAAAGAGUAGUGAUAACAAAUAAUGGUUGGCGCCGGAUGCGAACAGUCAAACCACCGACGUAUGCAGACAAAUGCAACCAGAACACUCCUAAGAAAAAUUCCCUGAAAGGGUCGAAGAUUUCGAUAAGGAAAUACCACCAGAGCCCAGCAUUAGGGGUGAGAUCUGGAACCAGAAGUUGCACGCCGUAUGUUGCAGAUAUAAACUCCCACGACUGGCCGACGAUAAGAUACGAAAUGUAUAAGAGGACUCCGAUACUUCCGCCAAGGAUUGAGAGUCGUUCUAACGAAUAUGAAAUAGCCCCUUUAGUGGCCUUUCCA